CAUACGGACACCGGCCACAUGCGCCUUCACACCGGGUCCCUGCCCUCUGUAAAACGACGGCAGAGGUCUUCUUUUCCGCAUGGUUUCCAGUACCUGCUACUGAUGGGAAACCUCGAUGUCUUUUCCAUCUCGGUGUGUGUGUAGUUCUCUCCAGCAGAACAGCCGUCAGUAACGGGAGGCUGCACCAGCUGAGCUCAGUCGGACCAGGACAUCAUCAUGAAGUUGGCGGUCCUCCUCCUCUUCCUCCUCCUCCUGUCGGUGUCCUGCCCGCUGUCCCUCGCCAACAUCGCCGCUCCAAGUGAGUUUGUAUCCUUGGCGGAGAUGGAGGAUGCCCUGCUGAAGAACCUUUUCCAAGGCUACCAGCGCUGGGUCAGGCCAAUUCAACGCGCCAAUGACACUGUUAAAGUACGCUUCGGACUCAAGAUCUCCCAGCUGGUUGAUGUGGAUGAGAAGAACCAGCUAAUGACAACUAAUGUUUGGCUGUGUCAGGAGUGGAUUGAUUACAAGCUGCGAUGGAAUCCAGACAAGUAUGGAGGAAUCACUUCCAUCAGAGUUCCUUCUGAAAAUAUCUGGCUCCCAGACAUUGUCCUCUACGAGAAUGCUGAUGGGCGAUUUGAAGGCUCCCUGAUGACCAAAGCUAUUGUCAAGUUCAACGGUGCCAUCACCUGGACGCCACCUGCCAGUUAUAAGUCCGCUUGCACUAUGGACGUCACCUUCUUCCCCUUUGACCGGCAGAACUGCUCCAUGAAGUUUGGCUCUUGGACGUACGAUGGCAACAUGGUGGACUUGGUUCUGAUGGACAACCAGGUAGAUCGGAAGGACUUCUUCGAUAAUGGGGAAUGGGAGAUCCUCAGUGCCACUGGUGCAAGAGGGAACAGGAAGGAUGGCUUAUAUUCUUACCCCUUCAUCACGUAUUCCUUCAUCCUGAAGAGGUUGCCUUUGUUCUACACACUCUUCCUCAUUAUCCCUUGUUUGGGUUUGUCCUUUCUGACUGUCCUGGUGUUUUACCUUCCCUCAGAUGAAGGGGAGAAGCUGUCACUCUCUACCUCCGUCUUAGUGUCACUCACUGUGUUCCUCUUGGUCAUAGAAGAGAUCAUCCCCUCCUCCUCAAAAGUGAUUCCGCUUAUUGGAGAGUAUCUGCUGUUCAUCAUGAUAUUUGUCACUCUCUCAAUCAUCGUCACUGUCUUUGUCAUCAACGUGCACCACCGCUCCUCAGCCACCUACCACCCCAUGUCACCGUGGGUUCGUAACCUCUUCCUUCAGAAACUUCCUCGGUUGCUGUGCAUGCGAGGUCAUACCGACCGCUACCACUACCCAGAACUGGCUCCUGAAAGUCCUGAGUUGAAGGCGCGAUCUGGAGGUCGGAAAGGAGGCCAGAGAGCGAACAGCGGAGCCCAUGGACAGACGACUCCUGAGGGGAAAGAGGAAGAGGCCUGGGCGACCAUGUUGGAGAAGGCCAUCUAUUCAGUGCGCUACAUCAGCAGACACAUCCGCAAGGAGCACUUCAUUCGAGAGGUGGUACAAGACUGGAAGUUUGUGGCCCAGGUGUUAGACAGGAUCUUCCUGUGGGCUUUCCUUACUGUCGCAGUACUGGGCACCAUCCUCAUCUUUACUCCUGCUCUGCAGAAGUUCCUCAAAAUCCCACCUCCAACUGCAAGUGAGGAUCCACCUUCAAACUAACAUCUAUAACACAUCUCAUUUGCAGGCUACUGAUGAUCCACUUUCAAGAUGAGUCUUUAAAAUCAUUUGAAAGACUGAAGCAAGAGAAAGCAACCACAGGUGCUUAUUGAAGAACUUUGACUGUUAGAUUUUCUGUUGGUUAGGUUUCGUUCCCAAAUCCACUGUGUAAAAUGUGCUGUAUGUCAUUACGUUUCAGUUAGAGACACUAUGUAUAGAAUAUUUAUGGAUAUUUUACCAUAUUUUAAAUUAUUAUGAUGCAUAAUGUUCUGUUGCUGUAGAAAAAUAAGACAAUCCUGGUGAAGAUUGGUGCCAAACAAUGUUGAUUCAUUUAGCCCAUUCAUUCUCAAAUUUUACACAUAGCUUCAGCCAUAAGACACCUUGGUUUAGAUUAUACAUGCUGACAAUGCUAGUAAAGGAUUUAAGAUUAAAUUAAAUGAACAUUUAAAAACGUGUAGUAAAAACACCAGCUUCAACCAAAAUUAAAUAAAACUGCUAAACUGCACUACAGGUUCUACUAUUGACUUGAUCACUGACUUCUUCAUUAAUGUCUGUCACAAAUUUUGAGGUAUUCAACAAUUUCUUCAUGUCAUAGAUUCAUCAGAUUCUUCAUAAAUAACUAUUCUGGCACUCGCUCGAGGAUCGCUCGAGUUAUCACAUACCUGAAGCACAACAUACCGCUUAUGGUAACUUCUGUACUUUGUAAUAAUGUAUAUAUUUUAAGAAAAAUAGAUUAUUUAAUAUUGCAAAGUACAAACAACAUUUAACUACCUUCACUGGAGAUGCAACUUUUAUAUGCAAAUGUUUUGAAGAAUCUAGCAUUAAGGCUACAGCUAGCAAUUAUUUUCAUUAUUGAUUAAUCCAUUGAUGAGUGUUUAGAAUUAUCAAACACAUUAGGUCUAUAAACUUCCAGAAAAAGUGAAAAAUGGCCAUCAUGAUUUCCUAAAGAGUAAGGUGACAUCUUCAGAUUUUUUGUCCAAAACUUUAAGAUAUAAUUGCUGAUUAAUUUUGUGUCAAUCAACAACUUCAACUGUACUAUUUUCUGUUCAAUUCUCUCAACGUAACAUGAAGUGUGAUGAAUAAAUUAAGACAAUUAUUCUUUAAAUUACACAACUCUCAAAUGUACUGCAUUU